CAGCACAAAAGAAAAAGAAAAAACUCGUUUAUUCACGCGAGAUUUCCCGGUAAUUAGUGGGCGCGAAGCGGUGGUGACCCUCCCUGUAUGCUGUAUCGUGUGCGGCUUCCGCAAACUAAUGUGGUUAACGUCAGGUGACCAAGAUGUCUAAAAGGAAGAGCAGCCCUAUCAGUGACAACACCAACAAACGGGUCAAACCUGCGGUGGAGGAAGACGUGGAAGAUGAAAAUGUUUCUAAUGGUGACCAGGAAGAUCCUCUACCGAAUAGACAGUUGCCAUGUGCUGAUGAGGUGGUGAGUGCAGGAAUUGUGGAGAGCAUCACACUGAAGAACUUCAUGUGCCACUCUCACCUCGGCCCGUUCACUUUUGGUUCCAAUGUCAACUUUGUUGUUGGCAACAAUGGAAGUGGAAAGAGUGCCGUUCUGACAGCUCUCAUAGUUGCCUUAGGUGGGAAUGCACAUGCCACAAACAGAGGAUUAUCACUCAAGGGAUUUGUGAAGGAAGGAGAAAGCUCAGCUGAUGUAUCGAUUACCCUGCGUAACAAAGGAAAGGACGCUUACAAACCUGAGGUGUAUGGUCCAGCCAUCAUAGUAGACCUGAGAAUAACACGUGACGGGUUGAGAACCUAUAAACUGAGGAGCAAAUCAGGUCAACUUGUGUCAACCAAAAAGGAAGAGCUGUUGUCCAUCCUGGACAAUUUUAACAUACAGGUCAACAAUCCUGUGUCCGUUCUGACUCAAGAGAUGAGCAAAUACUUCCUUCACUCCAAAGGAGAGGGGGACAAAUACAAGUUUUUUAUGAAAGCUACCCAACUGGAGCAGAUGAGAGAGGACUUUACCUACAUCAAAACCACCAAGCAUAUCACAGAGGAUAAAGUUGGGCAACAUAGUGAAUGCUUGAGAGACUUGAAGCGGAAGUACCUGGAGAAAGAAGACCGUUACAAGAACCUGGCGUCAUUUGAUGAAAUGCAAACCAAACUGGAGGAGUUGCAGAAGCAAAUGGCUUGGGCUUUGGUGAUUGAGAUGGAGAAGGAGUUGGAGCCAAUGAGGGAGAAGCUGCAGUCAGACAGACGUUCUACAGAGAAAUAUGAUGAGAAGGUGGAUGAAUGGAAGAAUAAGCUCGAGGAGGCUGAGAGGAAAUACAAGCAGAUCCAGGAACAGUUGGAGGGGAUCACACAGCAAGUCCAGGAGCUCCAGCCCAAAUGUGCUGAGCUCAAAACCGUGGCCCAGAGACAAAAUACCCUUCUCAAGUCCAGCGAGGUCACUGUUCACAGAUGCAAGGCUAACCUGAGGGACCUGGAAAAGGACAAGGUUCAGCUGUCCUCAAGGAUAAAUGAUCUCAAGCUGAGCAUCAGUCAGAUAACAGGAGCGGAGAGCCAGGCCAAGACAGAGCGUAUGGAGCAGAUACAGGCUGAGCUGGAAAACAUGAGACAAAAGAGUGCCACUCUAGGUCAGCAGAUUGACCAGUAUGAGCAUGCCUGCAGCCGUGCCAAGGAAGAACAAGGAAAGAUGAGGAGAGAGCAGGAAGUGCUUCAGAGGUCCAUUGAUGCCAACAGAAGGAAUUUACAGACUAUGGAGAGCAGUCGGUCCAAUCGCCUGCGGCGUUUUGGAGAGCACAUGCCCACACUCCUCAACGCUAUCCAGGAAGCUCAUAGAAAGGGCCAGCUCAAGCAUAAACCUCGAGGACCUCUGGGUCACCUUAUUAGCCUGAAGGACCCAGAGCUGGCCCUGUCCGUAGAAGUAUGUCUUAAAGGCCAGCUGCAGGCCUUCACUUGUGAUAACCACGAGGAUGAGAGGGUGCUGCAGGGCCUCAUGGCCAAAGUGUUCCCAACUGGCCGUAGACCUGCCAUCAUCACCAGCCAGUUUCUCCCAAGUGUCCAUGAUACAAGAUCGAGGGGUGUGAAUCACCCUGAAUACCCGUCCGUGCUUCAAGCUUUAGAAAUUGAGGACCCAGUUGUGGCCAACUGCCUGAUUGAUCAGAGGGGUAUAGAGAGCAUUCUACUCAUUAAGAAUCGAACAGAGGCUCGAAGACUGAUGCAAGGGAAAAACCCUCCUCGGAACUGUAACCAGGCCUUUUCCAAGGAGGGAGAUCAAAUCUUUAAUAACCGUAGUUACACCGCUGAGCAGACCAGAGCCAACUACCUCUCGGGAGAUGUUGAGGAGGAGAUCAGGCACUUGCAGAAGGAGAUGGAGAACCAGAAAGCUCAGGCAAAUCGCUUCCAGCUGCAGAUGAAAAAGUUAGAUGAAGACGUCAAACAGAACGAUGGGCUGCUGAGAAGAACCCACAUAGAGCAGAGGACUACCAAAGACAAGAUCACAAAGCUACAGCUGGAGCUGACAGACCUACAAAAUGUGGAAGAGUCUCAGUCAGAGGAUCUCAGUCCCCUGGAGGAAGAUCUUCAGGAGAUUGUUACUAAGAUCUCAUCCAAGCGUGCUGAGUACGAUGAGGCACGAACUAAGACGGCUGAGCUGAAGGCCUCCUAUGAGAAGGCAGAGCAGGAGUACAAGCAGCACAAAGAGCAGAUCAACACAGUCGCUGAGGAUGCCGACCCAAUCAAGGAGGAGCUGAGUAAGGCUGAUCAGGAGGUGAUGAAGUGCAAGCAUCACAAGAAACACUAUGAGGAGAAACGCAGUGCCCAUCUCCGCAACAUACAGACACUGCAAGCCAAUCUGGAAAGCAAGGAGCAGGAACUUCAGACAUCUGUGGCCAAGGCCACAGAAAUCUGUCCAGAGCGUCUGGAAGUACGACGGACAGCCAGGAGUCUGGACAGUGAGAUCAACCGGCUCAAGGUUAAGAUCACUACCCAGCAGGAACAACAGGGGGACCGUGAGGAGGUUGUGAGGCAGUAUAAUGAGGCUCUAGAGAACUACAAGAACAUGGCACAGCAAAUGAAGAACCUCACCAGCUUCAUCAAAAGUCUCAGUAAUGUUAUGAACCACAGACUCCAGGUUUACGCUGAGCUCAAGAAGUUACUCUCCGCCCGCUGUAAAUACUACUUUGAUAGCAUGCUGGCCCAGAGACGCUACACUGGAAGUAUGACCUUUGACCACAAGAAUGAAACCCUCUCCAUCUCAGUGCAGCCAGGCCAAGGAAACAAGGCUGACUUGAGUGACAUGCGCUCUCUGUCCGGAGGCGAGCGCUCCUUCUCCACUGUUUGCUUUGUUCUCUCUCUUUGGGCCAUUACAGAGGCGCCUUUCCGCUGUCUUGACGAAUUUGAUGUUUACAUGGACAUGGUGAAUAGGAGGAUAUCAAUGGACAUGAUGCUGAAGGUGGCUGCCGGUCAGCGCUUCAGACAGUUCAUCUUCCUCACCCCACAGAGCAUGAGCUCUCUUCCAGAGAGUAAAAACAUCAGUAUCCUCCGUCUCAAAGAUCCAGACCGUGGCAACAACCCACAAAGAAGUCAAGAUGAGGACCAGUAGUAUUGCUAGCUGGUAAUUUAACAUCAAAUAAGUUGAUGAGACCAGUAGCAGGUGCCAUAACCUCCAUCAGUUAUGUUUAAGGGUUCAAGAGUGGUUCGGUUUUUAGGACAAGUUCUGUCAGUGAUUGAAAUACAAAUUUUUCAAAGUUCUGUUUAGUAGGCAGUGUGUUAAAUGUUUUGUUCUACAACACUGAAUGCAAGUACCAACAAAAUGUUUUAAGCACUGAUGCAUCGAGGGUACUGCAAAGAUGGGGAAGUAUUUGUAUUUGUAUAUCCACUGCCAAAAUAACUGUUAAAUGGCUUGACAACUGGCACAUUGAAGGAGAUGAUGUCAUUGUAAGAUUUUUUUUUAUAUUCAUUAAACCAAACAAGUUAAGAGACAAAUGUAA